UUGCCCGCUGCGUUCGCUCUCCCCAAAUCCGCACCGGAUCAGAAGAAACCCUAAUCAGUCGGCCUAUUCUCCUUCGUUCCGUCGGCGAAGGAGCUGCUACGGCGCCUGGGGUGGUAGAGGAGGGAAAGGGGAAGCUUUUGCGGUGGUUUCUCUGGUGUCGGAACGUGGUGAUUUGGGGGAAGGGGGGAGGGGAAGAAGAAGGCUUACUGAUGGAUCCCAAGGUGUUGGAUGGAAUCAUCCAACGACUGCUGGAAGUAAAGGGUAGUAAGCCAGGGAAGCAGGUGCAGCUCCUAGAGGCGGACAUCAAGCAGCUUUGUCUCGUGUCGAAGGAGAUCUUCCUGCAGCAGCCCAACCUCCUGGAACUGGAGGCGCCCAUUAAGAUUUGUGGUGAUAUCCAUGGUCAGUUUUCUGACCUUUUGAGGCUUUUUGAAUAUGGUGGGUUGCCACCUCAAGCCAAUUACUUGUUCUUGGGUGAUUAUGUGGACCGUGGGAAGCAGAGCCUUGAAACAAUUUGCCUUCUUUUAGCUUACAAGAUUAAAUACCCAGAAAACUUCUUUCUUUUGCGGGGUAAUCAUGAAUGUGCAUCCAUAAACCGCAUCUAUGGUUUCUAUGAUGAAUGCAAGCGCAGAUUCAAUGUGAGACUCUGGAAGAUCUUCACUGAUUGUUUUAAUUGCCUACCAGUGGCAGCUCUUAUUGAUGAAAAAAUCCUGUGCAUGCAUGGUGGUCUUUCCCCAGACUUGCAAAAUUUGGAUCAGAUUAGAAACCUAGCUCGCCCAACUGAUGUUCCAGACAGCGGAUUACUCUGCGAUCUUCUUUGGUCUGAUCCUAAUAAAGAGGUCCAAGGAUGGGGAAUGAAUGAUCGGGGUGUUUCAUAUACUUUUGGUGCUGAUAGAGUUGAAGACUUUCUUCAGAAGAAUGAUUUGGACCUAAUUUGUCGUGCUCACCAGGUGGUGGAGGAUGGAUAUGAAUUUUUUGCUGACAGGCAACUUGUAACAAUCUUCUCGGCUCCAAAUUACUGUGGUGAAUUUGACAAUGCUGGUGCUAUGAUGAGUGUGGAUGAGACCUUGAUGUGCUCAUUCCAAAUUUUGAAGCCAGCAAUAUCAGACAAGAAGAAAAUUGGUUUUGGUGCUACAACUGUUUCCAGAAGUGGAACUCCUUGGUAGUAUUGCAUCCAGGAGCAACAUCUUUUUUCUCCAAGAGUCAAGAUAUGCUGUACGCACAAAAAGUAUUGCUGCCUAAUGAAGUUGACCAUUUCUUUCUACUCUAAGAGCUUCCACUCAGCUUUCUCGUCUUGGUACAAGAUUACGUGAUGACAAACAAAUCUUGGAUCCAAAACAUUUUGAUGCUUUAAUGAUGCAUGCUCGUAAGCUAGAAGCUACCCAACCACCAUCUGCGCGUAAGUUUAAUGUAUUUAAUCUGAUGGAACUUUGGUGUGGGUUCCUGUUUGGAUGUGUACAUGUUCCUAGACACGUGCUGCAUGCUUUAGCUUAACUGCAUGGAUUGUGUAAUUGCAUGAUCUGCCUGAAGAGCUGCGCAGAAGGGUGGUACUGUACUGUCUUAUUGAACCAAGUGUGUGCUAUUUACUAUCUAAUUUGCCUCCAGAAAUUGUGCAUUCUCUUAA